AUGCGGCACCAGCAGACAGCAGAGGUGUCCCUAAUGCGAGCGAAGACGCUUUCAGGGAGGCGUCAGCAGGUCGCCGAGACGGAGCUGUCGCAGAACCUGCAGCAGCUGUCUGAGAAAGCCCGCUCUACCACGGAGUUCAUACAGCGGCUCAAGGGCAUGAGCGAUAAAGUGAACGAGAACUGUGCGGAGUUCGAGGCGACGGUGUCGGCGCAGUGCGAUGCGCUCAUCGAGGCGAUCGAGGCGCGGCGCGCUCAGCUGCUGGAGUUCGUGAGGCAGCAGCGGGAGCUGAAGCUGCGGGCGCUGCGCGACCAGGUGUCGGCCUGCACGUGCCGCCUCCAGGGCACCACCGGCCUCCUCCAGUUCUGCAUAGAGGCCCUCAAGGAGACCGACUCGGCGGCGUUCCUGCAGGUGGGCUCGAUGCUGAUCAACCGCGUGGCGAACGUGGACAUCACGUGGCACAAGGACGUGGUCGCGUCGCCCCGCCUCAGCCACGAGUUCGACCUCACGCUGGACGACAAGUCUGUGCUGCGAGCCAUCGAGCAGCUCAACUUCAUCCAGAUGAAGCCUGCCGCGGAAGGAGAAGAGAGGCUUCCUGCAGCUCCCGCGGCGCCCAUCAUCAUCCCCGAGGAGUGCAGCGCCGAGAACAACAGCGUGACGGUGGCGUGGCAGCCGCCGCCCACCUCCUUCGUCGAGGGCUACGUCCUCGAGCUGGACGACGGCAGCGGCGGCGAGUUCAGGGAAGUUUACUGCGGCAAGGAGACGAUAUGCACGGUGGACGGCCUGCACUUCAACUCCAUGUACAACGCGCGCGUCAAGGCCUUCAACAGCACCGGCGAGGGAGACUACAGCGAGCUUAUCGGCCUCCAGACAGCGGAAGUGGCGUGGUUCACGCUGGACGCGUGCGCGCUGCCGCCGGAGCUGCGGCUGUCGGAGGACAACUGCACGGUCACCUGCGACGGCUACGAGCACCGCGUCGCGCUGGCGGGCGUCGGCUUCUCGCGCGGCGUCCACUACUGGGAGUUCACCGUCGACCGCUACGACUCCGACACAGACCCCAGCUUCGGCGUCGCCCGCAUCGACGUCUGCAGGGACCAGAUGCUCGGUAAGGAUGACAAGGGAUGGAGCAUGUAUAUCGACCGCCAGCGGUCGUGGUUCAUGCACGACAGCGUUCACGAACAGAGGUGCGAGGGUGGGAUUCAAGUUGGCUGCACCGUGGGUGUGCUGCUAGACCUGGAGCGACACACCCUCAGCUUCUACGUCAAUGAGGAACCACAGGGGCCCAUAGCGUUCCAUGGCCUCUAUGGCGUCUUCUACCCAGCCGUGAGCCUCAACCGUGGAGUGGCAGUCACCCUCCACACGGCCCUGGAUCCACCAUCUGACUCGGACGAGAGCUGAGGACAGCUGUUCCCGGGUCUCCCGGAGGCACCAGCAGCAGAGGCGGCCAGCAGUGCAGUUCUUCCUCCUGAGGACACCGAAGUGCCGGAACGCCUCCCAUCCACUGACACUGACCUCUGAACAGUGGUUCCUUUCUAGAUUAUAACAGACACUCUCUGACGAUGCGACAAGUUUCACUUCCUCACUACCGAGAGCAUUCCAGAUAUCACUGUAGACUCUUUAGAUCCAAGCAAACUGCUUGGUUCCAUUUUAGAUGCUUCAUAUUCCAACCCAUCUUUAUUUGAAACUCUUAUAACGAGUCGACAUAUCAACAAAGACGUGUUCCACUGUUACAUUCUUCAAAGAAUAUUCAGUCAAGCAGACCUUAAUCCUAUUUUUCUUUACCCUUAUGUAGAUUCAUGAAAGACAUGUGAAUGAUUAAACGAAUGGAUAAGAUAAAACAUUAUGUGCACAGGAUUAAUAUGUGUACACACAAUUUUUCCUGCCCAAAGUUAUCAUCACAUUGAAUGUUUUAAACAUUCAGAAAUGACUACAUGACUGACAGAGCAAUGAUGUCUGUAGUUAACACACUGAGAUACUGUUGAGCAUUUCCACAAUAAAUAUUGUCUAUUUUAGCAACCAGGUUCUGCAGCAAUGAAAACAGGUAACUAAUGAUAACAGAACCUUGCUGGUCUGAGACUAUGACGGACUACCACACAAGUUCUCUGAAUCAAGUGGAGAUGAAGGUUACAUAAACGAGGAAAUUAUAUUCAUCCACACAGAAAGAGAUGGACCUUAAUGAAGGAUCUCCCACUGCCCCUUAUCCUGCCCUUUCUUCCUGUCUUUAGGAGGGAAAUCCAGUCUAGUGAACAAGUGGGUGAUACAUUCUAUGAAAGGUAGUUGAGAAAUAUUAGCUCAGAACUGGGGCCUGAUAAUUAGAUUUUCCUGUUAUAAAAUUACCUACACUUUGUAAUUAUUGUAAUAGAAUUUAUGGAUGUUGCACUAUCGUCCAAAAGAAAUAAUAUCCAGAUGCCAUAAUUAUGUUAUUGUAUGUAAAUAUUUAUCAAAUGGUAAAUAAAACAGAUACAUAAUUUUCAUUAUAUGUAAAAUCCACACCUGUCAUAAGUUAUUGGUAGUGAUAAACAAGAGCAAUCGUAUUGAUGUAUUUGUAAUAGUUCCAAUGUGUGGAUUAUUUCAUUUGUAUUUACUAGUGGGUGAAAUAUGUAGUUUAUUUUAUGGGAGAAAAUAGACUUGAAAUUAACUUUUUCAAGGAUGAUAUUUGUUUAUGGGACAAGACACAAACAUUCUUAAAAUUAAAAGUAAUUUUUUAAAGUAUAUCAGCUCAGAAUUUUUUUUAGAGAACAUAAUGGUCCGACAUGCUUCAAAGAUUGAAUUUGGGGUUUGGGUAUCACCUACUGCUAUAUACGAAAAUUGUUCAUUGUCAGGCGUACUUUAAACCCCUUUUUCCUAUUUGUAUUUCAAGGCAACAUGAAGCAAUGACUGCUGUUAGAUAAUACAUAAAUGUGAUGACUGAUUUAUUUGACUGAAUUCAAUUUACAUUUUUAAAUUCAUAAGCAAAAGCUACAUAGACUCUUGAUGUUAUAAAUAACUUAUAUGCUCACUGAAGCCAUCACCAAAGACUGAUAUUCAGAAGAAAGCUAAAACUGCCUAGACUAAGAAAAUGCUAACACCACUGGUUUUAUAAGUUUUAUGACUAGUAAUAAAAUACCAUCCACUUCAAAACUUCCAGAAAUUGUCCUUAAAUGUUUCAAAGAAAUAUAAGUGUUAUUUAUAUUUGGUGGAUUUUUUAUUCUUAAAAAAAACUUCUAUUUGGUAUUGUCACUGCCAGAAAAAUAGUUUUUAAAAUGAUCAUUAUGAUGAAAAUUAAUGUACAUCAUAGCUGUAUAUAGAACUGCAUUAUAGCCUAUACAGAUGCAACUGCAUUGCUGUGGCUAUUAAAAGUUUUUGAUACUUUUAUUCUAUUGAAUUUGAAUUGUAUUUGGUGUUAAGGGAUGAGUAAUUAUCCCAUUUUCCAUGAUACUUCAAGAUGAAUUGCAUUACUCACAAUGAGAUUCACAGAGGUAGAAUAAAACUGGAAACUUUUAUGAGAUUCAGAUAUGUUUGUAAGGUGAAAUUUUGUCAAUACACAGAAAUUUACAAUUCUGCCAUUGCAAAGUUCAUGACUAACUCUUGGAUGUGCUAGUAUAAAGUUACAUUAGAUGUAUCCAUGUCUUUAGAAAACAGUUUGUCUGUACAGUAAAAUGUAACUAUAUGCUUGAUAUACCUGCAGAACAUGCUGCCAAAGAUUAUUCCUUCACAAAUUAACUUAUAAUAUUUUUCUCCCACUGAAUAAACUAUAAUGUAAUUUAGCGACUACCACACAAUCUGUUCACACUUCAUUGUUUAGUAUAUAUAUCUGUUUGAACAACAUGUUUCUUCAGUAAAUUUAGUGACUGUUUCUUGUUAUAAUUGCAGUUCUUGUCUGUUACAGUGAAUCAGUUAAUAUUAAUUUUAUGUGGUACAUAACCUGCCAUGAUAUACAUUCUUUUACAUAGUCUUCAGUCUAUAGAGUUGAAGAAACAGUGGUCCUCAUGUUUAAAUUACUUGAAGUGUUACUAAUAUUUUAUAAGCACAAAAUUUGU